GAUGCUGUCCAGCCUGAGCCAGUGGCUGUGGCAGGAGAAGUUCUGGCUGCCGCCCAACCACACGUGGGCCGACCUCGAGAACCGGGAUGGCCUGGUCUUCGCCCAGCCGCGGGACAUGCUGGCCGCCCUGCCCGUGGGGCUGCUCCUGGUGGCCAUGCGCGUCACCUUCGAGAGAUUCGUCGGCAUACCCCUGGGACGGUGGCUGGGGGUGCCGGAUGAGACCAGGAAGCCCGUGAAGCCUAACGACACGCUGGAGAAACACUUCCUCACGGAAGGGCAGAGGCCGGACGAACCCCAGAUGGCCCUCCUGGCUGCUCAGUGUGGCCUCUCGUUGCGGGCGACCCAGCGCUGGUUCCGGAGACGCCGGAACCAGGACCGGCCCUGCCUGAGCAAGAAGUUCUGUGAGGCCAGCUGGCGGUUCCUGUUCUACCUGUGCACCUUCGUCGGUGGCUUCGCGGUGCUGUACCCCGAGUCAUGGCUGUGGACGCCUGUGAAGUGCUGGGAGAAUUACCCGAACCAGCCCCUGAAGCCGGCCCUGUACUGGUGGUACCUCCUGGAACUCAGCUUCUACAACUCCCUGCUAAUCACGCUGCCCUUUGACACCAAGCGCAAGGAUUUCAAGGAGCAGGUGGUGCACCACUGCGUGACUGUCCUCCUGAUCACCUUCUCCUACAGCUCGAACCUGCUGCGCAUCGGCUCCCUGGUGCUGCUGCUGCACGAUGCCUCCGACUACCUGCUGGAGGCUUGUAAGAUGUUCCACUACGCGCGCCUGCAGAAGGUGUGCGACGCCUUCUUCCUCGUCUUCUCCUGCGUCUUCCUUUACACCCGCCUGGUGGUCUUCCCCACCCAGAUUCUCUACACCACAUACUACGAAUCCAUCAUCAACCACGGGCCUUUCUUCGGCUACUAUUUCUUCAACACCCUCCUUCUGAUGCUGCAGCUGCUGCACGUGUUCUGGUCCUGCCUCAUCCUGCGCAUGCUCUAUAGCUUCACGAAGAAGGGCCAGAUGGAGAAGGACGUUCGCAGCGAUGUGGAAGAGUCGGAUUCCAGCGAGGGCGAGGAGGCCCAGGGGUGCCAGCAGCUGAAGAACGGGGUAGCUGGGGGGCCGGGGGCGGCCCCCUCCAAUGGCCCUCGGCGGCGGGCCAACGGGCACACGCCGGCCACAUAGCCGCGCGCCCACGACCGUGGCCUGGCUGGGCUGGCGGCCCUGGGGCCAGCAACGGAGACAAGGAGGGCCCGCCCGACAUGCGCCCUGCGCGGGAGGGCUGAUGAUCUGCCUCCAACCCCUGCCUCGGGCCCGCCGUCCCUCCUCCCCUCGGCCGCUGCGGAGAACUUGGGUCCCUGUCCCGAGACCCCAAGGGGGCCAGGCCUCUGCUCACUGCCCCGCGGCCCCAAACUCACUGCCACACCUUAGGACAGGAGCCCAACGCCGGGUCCCCUCCCCUGCCCUAGGUGCGUCCCUGACCUUCCAGCCAGCCCUGCAGAGCAGCCAUCACUUCCACCCCAGGGCAGUACUGGGCCAGAGGCCAGCUGCUUAAAGACGGGCUCACAGAGAAGGCCCUGAGCUCAGAGAGGUCCCAUAGAGGUCCGGAACCCAAGCAGGAGGAGCAGCUGGAGGCCAUGCGGCGGCUCUGCAGCCGGACGGCCAGAACGCUGUAUUCUGGUCCCACAAGAAAAAGGCUCCCGGGGGAAGGGCUUAAAUUCCCGCAGGCUUUGGGUCGGCCCUGUUCAGGAACCCCAGGAGCCUGAAAGCACUGGGUGCGGGUCUGUUGACAGCCAUCCCAGCUACACUGUGUGUGGGGGGCUAUCAACUGGGACCACCCCUUUGGGAAGCCUCGUGCAAAACCGUUCACCUUUGAUAAAAGUUGAGAAGCAACUCCGAUGAAACGAUGCGGUCUCGGCAUGAGAAACCAUCUAGCAGGACGAUAAUAAACAGAAAAGGAUCAAACGCAAAACCCA